AUGUCAGAUCAAAACAUCCCAAUGCCCCAAUGCGCAUCUAUGGUUGCACCACCAUCUGUAGUGUUACCUCAAAAUGAUGCAGCUGCUCCUUCUACAUCCAUCUUGAAUUGUUGUUCAGCUCCCCAAUUAAAUGAUAAUGGAGCAGAUCCUGCAUUAAGUGUGAACUCUACCCCUCAAAUUGGCAAGGUUAGAUUUGCAUCUGCAGGUACAACUAUUGUAACUAGAAAUGGAGUUAUCCCAUUUGAAGAGUUCCUUAAGAAAGGUGCUCCAGUUGAUCAAAUGCUGAUCCCACCAUUUCCACAAGUUUCUGGAAUUCCAAUGUUUGAAGAUGGAACUCCCGAUAUUGCUACUAUCCAUUCUACAUGUAACGUUGUUAAUCUCUCGCAGACAAAUCAAACUAAUACUAUCCCUCACUCAGAUAUUGGAACGGAAACAAGUAUUCCACAGCCAGAUGAUUCUGCUAGAUAA